GUCUGCGAGCGUGGCUGCGGCCCUCGCUGCCGACCGAGCGGCUCGCGAGUCUCGCUGGGCGACCGUUUCGGGGAGCGCCGUUGCUGACGUUGCAGGGCCGCCGAGCGGCGUUGCCGAUCGCCUGAGGGCCGUCCAGCGCCGAGAGGAGAUCUGCAAGCGGGCUCGGCUGCAGAAGCAGCUGAAGGCAGCGAAGUCCGAGGUUUCCGAGGCGCGGGCAUUCGUGCGCCCGCUGCAGCACUCCUGGAACGCAGCGCAGACGAACUUCGGCGACCAGGUGGUUGUUGAUGAAGGUGCUGCAGCGCGGCACCCGCGUCAGUUCACGCUGCACG